AUGUAUCCAUCGCUCAACUUCCAGUUGCCGCUCCCGUCCGCCGCCGCGUCGUUGACUCUCAUGCCGGUGACGAGAUCGAGCCGUCUCAAAUCAACAUAUUCUCCAAGCGCCGACGUCUUGGUUGCUCUCACCGUGAAGACCACCGUCGUGCUCGACCGGAUUGGAGAUGCGUUAGCUGAGAACACUGGAACCUCAACCCUCUCAGUUCUCACAAUCCCCUCCUCGCGACUGCAGCCAGCCAGCCAGCUACAACCCUACUCAGCUGCUCUCUGUCGUCCCUCCUUAGCCUCAGGCUCAAGUCCCCUUCACACUGCAUACGCUUUUCCGCGCUUUAUAAUUUCUUGUGGGUUUUUUCAAGACUCCUAUCUUCUCCUCGAUUUUCGCAUGGAUCGACCGCCCCACGAUUACGGUCCUCCCAUGGCUUACAGUCAGCAACAGCAGCAACAAGCGGCCAACAUGCAGCAGCAGCAGUAUGGGUUCCACCCCCAGCACCAACAAUUCCCCUCAUCUGGCCACAGCGGCCCACCACCUUUCAUGCCACCUCAUCCUUCCCUCCAACAGUUCGCCUAUUCCCGACCUGUACAGCCGGGCCAAAUGUAUCCCCACCCACCCCACCCCCACCUCCAUCAACAGGGUCCACCUCCUUCUUUCCCGUCCCACUUGCCCCCUCACCUUGUCCCACCCCCCUUUCACGGGCAGCAGUAUGAACUAGCCCCGACACCACCACCGUCCGAUCCCGAACUCCAGAAGCGCAUCGACAAACUGGUUGAGUACGCCGUAAAGAAUGGGCCCGAGUUUGAGGCUGUUGUUCGCGAAAGGGAACAGGAUAACCCUGCUUACGCCUUUCUUUUUGGGGGGGAUGGCCAUAGUUACUACCGUUACAAGCUCUUUGUGACAACAAGGCCGCCUGUGGGCCCAUUCAGUCCUCCUUUCCCGCCUUCGAUGCCGGCCAUGCAUCCUCCUCCGAACCCCAUGAUGGGCCUGGGGCCCGUUAAUGCUCACCUGCAGCAGCCUCCAUUUGGUGUGUAUUACGACCAGCAGCAUCCUCAUCAAGCUCAGCCGAUGGUGGGCCCUGGCCGUCCUGAACUACUCGAUCAGGCUUACAGCAGGCCUUUCAAGGGUCUUUCCAGACCGCUGCCUUUGGACGUGGAGAUGGAGAUGAACGGGAUCCUGAACAACCUCACAGGUACGAAAGAGUCGAUAAAGAGCGCAAAGACUUGGUUUAUGCAGAGGUCGCCCUUUCUGGCGGCUCUGGCUGAGGCACUCCGGGACCGGGUGUUCUCAUUGGACGAUUCUGAGAGGCAGCUUCAUAUUGUUUACCUCGCAAAUGAUAUUCUGUUUGACAGCUUGCAGAGGCGUGUCAACCCUCAGGAGCUCGACAAUGAAGCCCUUUCAUUUAAGCCGGUUUUGGGUUCUAUGCUGGCAAGGAUAUGCCAAAACCCACAGAACAAGGAUGAAAACCAGUCACGUCUUCAGAAAAUUUUGCAAUUCUGGGCCACGAAGGAGGUUUAUGAUCAGGAUACUAUUUUUAGGCUUGAAAAUGAGAUGAUGAGUGGAUUGCCACCACAUCCUUUUCCAGGUCCUCACACAGAUUCAUCUGCUGUUGCUGGAGCUACGCCAGGAAUGCACCAGAUGUCUAACCAUAAUCAGCUGCAUUGGCAGCCAGACAAGCAGAAACCCAUACCCGUUGAUGAAUAUCCCGAGAAGCAGCCUCCCUCAAUCCCCCCCCUGCCACCUCAGCAGUUUCACCUCCCUCCUGUCAGCUUCACCCCCAUCCCACAGCCAAAUCUCCAAACCCCUCCGGCAAAGAUUCCUCCCCCAUACCCUCUUUUCCCACCUGGCCUCAUCCCCGGCAUGGUCCGGAAAAUGCAAAUCGGAAGUGGAGUUCCGUACUCACCCAUGAGCCCCCUUGACAUCCCCACUGUUAUCCCGCCCUCAACUGUACCCCCUUCUGAAGUCCUUGAAAGGGUCUCGAAAUUCUUUAGGGAGAUUGGGGAGGUCAACCCAUCCGUAAAUCCGUCGGAAUCUGGUGAUGAUGAGUACGGGAGAGAAGAGUUUGUUGUACGCAAGGGUGGGACGUGCAUUCCCCCACCACCGGGCCUGAAUGAUGAUGAUGGCGGCGUGGAGCAGAAGCCCGGUUCUGGCCGUCUCGGGCUUGGGGCGGCAGCUGACUCGAACGAGCCGAGCCAGUAUGACGAUGUCUACUCUUCGUAUAGGAAGCAGAGAAGCUCUAAUUACCACACGUCCAUGACUGCAAGAGCGUCAACAAGGUAA